AUGGCAGCAAGGCGGCUCGAUGUGUCUUGGAGAAGGGGUGGUGGCGGUGGUUAUUUUGAUGAGUCGAGGCGGGGUGGUGAUCGUGGUGUGGUACGGAAAAAUGGGUAUGAGGAAGGUGAGAUAUCAGGGAAUGAAGAUGGGGUUCAGUUGCCUCUAGAGAAGAAGAGGAGGUUUUCUCCUAUUGUAUGGGACACAGAGGAGAAAGAAGCGAGGAUUUCUCUGAAGAACAUGCUUGUGGUAGAUGAGGAUCGUGUGGAUGGAGGAUCAGUUGAUGGUAUUGAAUCUGAGUAUCCAGCUCCUCAGUCUUCUUCAUUGCCUCCAAAGAAAGAUGGGAGUUAUGGCCAAGAGCAAGACCAAGUAGAGGAGGAAGAGCUUCCUAAUGCACAGAAUAUAGCCAUGUCCCGGUGGGCAUCUGAUGAUGAUUCUCCAAGGGAUACCACUUUGGUUGAUGAUGAAGGCAUGUGUGGAGAAAUUAAUGCCAGUGUUAAUGAUACGGAGCAAACUGAUGGUUGGAUUGAUGAGCCCACAACUAUUACCCAAAGGAGGAUUAAUAUGGUAGAGGGUUGUAGAAGUGUGUUCAAGUAUGAAAGACUCAAUGAAAUCAACGAAGGAACCUAUGGUAAAGUGUACAAAGCCAGGGACAAGAAGACUGGAGAAUUUGUGGCGUUGAAGAAAGUGAAGAUGGAUGUUGGAAGAGACAGGUACUUGGAAGAAUGUGGUGUUCCUCUGACAUCAUUGAGGGAGAUGAACAUUCUUAUGUCUUUUGAUCACCCUUCAAUUGUAAAAGUUAAAGAAGUUGUGACGGGGAACCUUGAUAGUGUUUUCAUGGUGAUGGAAUACAUGGAACAUGAUCUCAAGGGGGUGACACAGGCAAUGAAGCAGCCUUUCAGUACAAGUGAAGUCAAAUGCUUAAUGCUACAGCUUUUGGAAGGUGUCAAGUAUCUUCACGAUAAUUGGGUGCUUCAUAGGGAUUUGAAAACAUCAAACAUUCUUCUCAACAACAAGGGAGAGUUGAAAGUAUGCGACUUCUGGAUGUCACGCCAAUAUAGUAGCCCAUUGAAGCCACAUACCUCUCUGGUGGUUACUUUGUGGUACAGGGCACCUGAACUUCUUCUUGGAGCAAAGCAAUAUUCAAUAGCAGUUGACAUGUGGUCAGUGGGUUGCAUAAUGGCUGAAAUGUUGACCAAGGAACCCCUAUUCACAGGGAAAGGUGAAAUUGAUCAUCUAAACAAAAUCUUCAAAACUCUUGGAACACCAAAUGAGACAAUUUGGCCUGGGCUAUCAAAAUUGCCGGGGGCAAAAGCAAAUUUUGUUAAGCAGCCGCAUAAUCAGUUACGAAAGAAGUUUCCUUUCACACCUUUCAUAGGAUCUCCAGUUCUCUCUGACUCGGGAUUUGACUUGUUAAACAAACUCCUAACUUAUGACCUAGAGAAGAGAAUAACAGCAGAUGAUGCGGUUAAUCAUCCUUGGUUUCAUAAGGUUCCUCUACCAAAAUCAAAAGAAUCCAUGCCUACUUUUCCCCUUCAGUAUGCAAAGAAAAGAUAGCUGAUCAGAGUGGAUGACUCGAAGAAAUAUACAACUGAGAAAAAUUUCUUGAACCUCUUGCCUUUUGUUCACUAUUUCCCAGAAUAGUGCUUCUUGUUUUGUAGCUUUUUCUCAACUUGUACUUUGACUCCUUAGGCAUGAUCGAAGAAUAAUGAAAUGCCUAGGUUCCUGGAGGAGCAGUGAAUGAAGGCAGUACUAGGUGUUAUCUGGCAUGUAUUGGUGCAUAUCAUGCUCUGGGAUUUACAGCCUUCUUUAUAAUGAUCCCCUACCCUCUUUGACCCACAAGGUCUUGAGUAUUGACCUUUUUCCUUUGUCUUUGAUUAUUUUGUUCUCUUUGAAUCAGCUUGAGUUUUGAAUGAGUGCGUAAAUAUUCUCAACUCAGUUAAGUGAUUAGAUCUAAUUUUUACA